GAUGAAACCAAAGGAGAGAACUAUAAAUUCCAAGAUUUUAUAUCUCGUGUUCCCUCUCGCCGGAAAAGAAGCCGAUCGAAAGGGGAGUUGAAAUUGCUUCGUUGAACUUAUUGCGAUUAUUAAAUGAAGAUAACGAGUAGCAAAUAACAAAUACAACAAACAGCGAUCAUGUUGGUGCUGUUCGAGACUGCGGCUGGAUACGCGAUCUUCAAGCUGCUAGAUGAAAACAGACUCGCUCAGUCGGAAGACCUUUACAAGGACUUUGAAACUCCCGAAGCUGCCAGUAGAGUAGUUCAAUUGAGAUACUUUCACCAGUUUGAGGACACCACUGAAGCACUAGCUGCUACAACAGCUCUUGUAGAAAGUAAAUUAUCCAAGUCUUUGAAACGAACGCUAAGGAAUGGCUGCACUGAGAUACAUGAACAGUUAGCAGUUGCGGAUGCAAAACUGGGCUGCGCUAUUAGGGACAAACUGCAAUUGUCCUGUGUCAGUAAUACAGCGGUACAAGAGUUGAUGAGAUGUAUCAGGAGUCAGGUGAACAAUCUUGUGACCGGAGUGAGCCAGAGGGAAAUGUCUGCCAUGCAGUUGGGUUUAGCACACAGUCUUUCCAGAUAUAAACUCAAGUUCUCGCCUGACAAAAUCGAUACCAUGGUAAUACAAGGAGUAUGCUUGUUAGAUGAUCUGGAUAAGGAGGUCAACAACUACAUAAUGCGAGCACGGGAAUGGUACGGCUGGCACUUUCCCGAGCUGGGCAGAAUCGUGAAUGACAACAUUCAGUACAUCAAAACGAUGCGGAUAAUCGGCCAACGAGAGACAGCCCGCUCGUGCGAUCUGUCGGAUAUUCUGACGGAGGAGAUUGAAGAGCAAGUGAAGGAGGCCGCGGAAACCUCAAUGGGCUCGGAGAUUUCGGAAUUUGAUGCCGAGCACAUGCAAUACUUGUGCAAGGAGAUAAUCGAGCUCCACCGGUAUCGAGCCAAUUUGAACAACUACUUGAGUGCUAGGAUGAUUGCGCUGGCUCCAAAUCUGUCCAUUCUCGUCGGCGAUCUAGUCGGCGCGCGUCUAAUAUCGAAGGCCGGCUCUUUGACGAAUCUCGCCAAACAUCCGGCGUCCACUUUGCAGAUCCUCGGCGCAGAAAAAGCGCUAUUUCGCGCACUAAAGUCGAGAAAGAAGACACCCAAAUACGGUUUGAUUUAUCAUUCACAACUCGUCGGACUAUCGUCAAAUAAGAACAAGGGUAAAAUAUCUAGGAUGUUGGCGGCGAAAGCUUCUCUAGCGACCAGAGUCGAUGCAUUAGGAAACAGUACAAGCUACGAUCUCGGCGAACAACAUAGAGCAAAGCUCGAGGCGCGACUAAAGCAACUCGAGGAAGGUAAUAUACGCCGGAUCAGUGGAACGGCUAAAGCAAAGGCAAAAUUCGAAAAGUAUCAUAGUAAGAACGAAUACAAGCAGUACUCAGUAUCCGUCGACUCAACUCUACCGAAUAAGAAACCAUUGAUUGAAGAGAUUGAUAUUGAGGAGAGCAAAGAAACGCAAAAGAAAAAGAGGCCAUUGAUUGAGGUGAUUGAGUCUAAGGAGAGCGAAGAAGUUCCCAAGAAGAAGAAGAAAAAGAAGCAUAGCCUAGAACCUGUGCAAGAAGGAGAAGCAUCUGGCGUGCAACAAGAGGUACAAAUAACAGAGACGGAUAGUACACAGAAAAAGAAGAAGAAACGUAGCGCAAAGUUGCAAUCGGAAGAAGUAGGAGAAGCUUCUGGUGUGCAAGAAGUACAAGCAAAAACGAAAGCAGAAGAAAUGGAGACGGAAAGUACAUCGAAAAAGAAGAAAAAACGUAGCAUGCAGAUUGAAUCGAAAGACAAAGGAGCAGAAGCUUCUGGCGCGCAAGAGGAGAUACAAGUAAAAACGAAAGCACAAGUAGAAACAGAGGUACAAGUAAAAACGGAAAGUACAUCGAAAAAGAAGAAAAAACGUAGCAUGCAGAUUGAAUCGGAAGACAAAGGAGCAGGAGCAUCUGGCGCGCAAGAGGAGAUACAAGUAACAACGGAAAUGGUUACUCCAUCGAAGAAAAAGAAAAGACAUACCGUAGAAGUUGAAUUGGAAAAUAAAGAAGAGUUGCAGGCUUCAACGAAAAAGAAAAAGAAACAUAGCACAGGUCAUAAAACGGAAGAUACAGGUGAAUCUUCCGGUGUGCAAGAAGCACAAACUGAAGCGGAUUUAAAUGUAUCAAAGAAAAAAAAGAAGAAAAAGACGCAAGAUCAUUAAAAUAAUUUCCUCUAUAAUUGUUUUGUAAAGUAAUGAAUAAAGAAAUAAAAUAAAAAUAUAUAUCGAUAUCCUCUACUUUUCCCGCUUCCUACAUUGAAGAAUUAAUUUCUAGAAAAUAUUGUAUAAUGUUCAUAAAUAUGUUGAUGCAUAUAACAUUUCUCUA